AGAGGCCGGAAGUUGUCCUCACAGAACCGCUCGGCUGUUGGGUGGGCGGAACUGAGGCGACGCGCUUAGGGUUGGCAGGCAUGUUAGCGCUCUAGUAGCUGCAGCUGGUUGGCGUGAGGGGCUCCAGGGCUCUGGGCAGGGAAGAUGGCGUCUCGGGCAGGCCCGCGAGCGGCCGGCACCGACGGCAGCGACUUUCAGCACCGGGAGCGCGUCGCCACGCACUACCAGAUGAGUGUGACCCUCAAGUAUGAAAUCAAGAAGCUGAUCUACGUGCAUCUGAUCAUAUGGCUGCUGCUGGUUGCCAAGAUGAGCGUGGGGCACCUGAGGCUCUUGUCGCAUGAUCAGGUGGCCAUGCCCUAUCAGUGGGAGUACCCCUAUUUGCUGAGCAUUGUGCCCUCCCUCUUGGGCCUCCUCUCCUUCCCCCGCAACAACAUUAGCUACCUGGUGCUCUCCAUGAUCAGCAUGGGGCUCUUUUCCAUCGCUCCCCUCAUAUAUGGCAGCAUGGAGAUGUUCCCUGCUGCACAGCAGCUCUACCGCCAUGGCAAGGCCUACCGCUUCCUCUUUGGUUUUUCUGCCGUCUCCGUCAUGUAUCUGGUGUUGGUGCUGGUGGUCCAAGUGCAUGCCUGGCAGUUAUACUACAGCAAGAAGCUCCUAGACUCUUGGUUCACCAGCACACAGGAGAAGAAGCGUAAAUGAAGCCUGCUUGAUGAACUACUGUGUGAGGUGAAGCCUGGGCCUCCCAUCCAGUGGAGUGAGAGGGUAGAGGAGCUGUUCUAAAACCUCCUUCGGUGAUUUUGGCAGCUGCGAUGUUGACAACUAGUGCAAACUAGGUCCAAGUUCUGCAAAGCUCCUUCUGUUGCCAUCAGCUGGUAGCAAAACUAUGUUUAAUUUACUCCUGGUUGGUGGAACUGGGUGAUCAGCAGCUGUGAAACAAAUUUCAGCUGGUUAAAGUUGAGAUCCUUCUGAGUUUUUCAUCCUUGCCUCUUUUUGGUCAUUCUCUCUGCUUCCAUCCAUCACCCCUUAGCCACCGAGACUGGAGGAGAUAGGGAAUAAAUCACAUUCUACUUCAAUCUAUGAGUCAUGGGGCAGGAAACAUUUGAGAGGCUGCUCCCCUUGCAGGCUGUGGUCUCUACUGUGAAGCGUUUUAAUUAAAAAGAACCUCAAUAAAGUUACAACUGCCUUGUC